AUGAUUGAUAAUCGCAGAGGUUGGCACAAGACGAUGCCAUAUGCUUUGUUAGGUUACAGAACGACUGCCAGGACAUCAAUCAGAGCUACUCCAUAUUUGCUAGUAUACGGAACAGAGGCAGUUAUACCUGUACAAGUUGAAAUACUUUCAUUGAGAAUCAUCCCAGAAGCUGAAUUGAGUGAUGCUGAGUGGGUUCGCAAGCGGAUUGAUCAGUUAACAUUGAUUGAUGAGAACAAAAUGAUUGCUGAUGACUACAAAGGGAAAUUUGCACCAAAUUGGCAAGGGGCCUACAUGGUUCGCAAAGUGUUAUCUGGAGGUGCCUUGAUUCUGUUGGAGAUGGAUGGCACUGAAUGGCCGAAACCAAUCAACUCAGAUGCUGUCAAGAGAUACUAUGUGUGA